AAGUCAUCUGGGGUUGGUUUCAGAGCAGGACGAGCUGUCAGAGCACAGGGCAGAGGUGUAAAGAGUGGGGGGGGGUGGUGGGGAGAGAAGGGAGAAAAUGUGGGAGAGGAGGAAAACAGAAGAAAAUAUGAAGUGGUGAGAGGACGACGACGAUCCAUCCAGAGCUGCUGGGAGCGCGGUGCUGGUGUGUGGAAAGAGUGGAUAAGGAUUGAGGAAAUUAAAGGCGCGAGGGGGAAGAGUUGAACGCUGGAAGCAUGGGGUGCAUGCACAGCAGCGGCACCACGAAGGAGGAUGGCCCGGCUGCAGGAGCGGAAAGAAUCCCUGCGAAGGCAGACCCCGAGGUGCAUCCUGAGAUCGUUCAGCUUACUGAGCUCACCAAGCCAGCGAGUCACGUCUUCACCGUGAAGAGCUUCAGGAAAAGACGGGUGUGUGACGUGUGCGAGCAGAGCAUUGACGACCCAGGAGCUUUCUGCAAGGAGUGCAAGAUCGCAGUCCACAAGAUGUGCGAAGCAAAGGUGCCCGCCACCUGCGCCCCAGUGCCGGAUCUGCACAGCUCCGCAAAGUCAAUAUCUCAGAAGAAAAGAAGCUCCUUACCAAGAAGGAAAAGCGUCGAACAAGUGAUGGAACAUGUGAUGGAGGGGCACUACGACUUCGACCUCACCUACAUCACAGAGAGGAUCAUCUCUGUCUUCUUUGUGCCGGACCUGGAGGAGCAGCGCUACCGCAGAAACCUGCAGGAGGUGGCCACCAUGCUCAAAUCUAAGCACCAGGACAAGUUUCUGCUACUGAAUUUGUCGGAAAAGAGACAUGACAUCACCAGGCUUAACCCAAAGGUGCAGGAUUACGGCUGGCCUGAUCUCCACGCCCCUCCGCUGGACAGGAUUUGCGCCAUUUGUAAGGCCAUGGAGAUGUGGCUGACCGCUGACCCUCACAACGUUGUGGUUCUCCACUGCAAAGGGAACAAAGGAAAGACGGGGGUCAUAGUGGCGGCCUACAUGCACUACAGCAAGAUAUCAGCUGGAGCAGACCAGGCUCUCACCACAUUAGCCAUGAGGAAGUUUUGUGAAGACAAAGUCUCUUCCUCGCUGCAACCAUCUCAGAGCAGGUACAUCUACUAUUUCAGCGGUUUGCUGUCAGGUACCAUCAAGAUGAACAGCAGUCCUCUGUUCCUUCAUCAGAUGCUUGUUCCCUCGCUACCAAACUUCCAGUCAGGAGGAGGUUUUUAUCCUUUUCUGAAAAUCUACCAGUCCUUACAGCUGGUUUACACCUCAGGCGUCUAUGAUCCUCAGAGCUCUAGGGCUAGAAAACUGUGUGUGACUAUGGAGCCAGCUCUACUACUAAAGGGUGACAUUAUGGUGAAGUGCUACCACCGGCGGAGCAGAGCAGCAGAGCGGGAGGUUGUGUUCAGAGUCCAGUUCCACACCUGCACAGUUCAUGGAGCCCAGCUGUGGUUUGGAAAAACAGAGCUGGACCUGGCUUGCACAGAUGACAGAUUCCCGCCAGACACCACAGUGGAGUUUAUCUUCGCUAACAGUCCAGAGAAACUCAAAGGUCGAGAGUACCGCAAAAACGACUCUUCUGUUAAAGUAGACUACAAUACCUCAGACCCUGUGGUCAAAUGGGAUUCCUAUGAAAACUUCAAUCUUCACCAUGAAGACAGCAUGGAGAACAUCGCUCACACAAGAGGCCCUCUAGAUGGCAGCCUAUAUGCCCAAGUGAGGAAGCGACGGGGUCCAGGCGCAACUUCCUCGGCUGCUUCACCCAAUGGAUGCCUAACUAGUAGCCCAACUGUGAAACCCCAGUCUCCCUCCAAACCGCAACCGUUCGCCUUCAGCUGUAGCCCCAGAGGCUCCGCGGUCUCUUCAGAUCAACUGAGUGAAACCUCCAUGUCCGUUAACAGUUCUGAGAGAGAAAACCCUGACUGCCCACCGAGGAGAGGAGAUGUGGAAGACGGGGCGAAGGAGAAGAAGCGAGAGAAAGAGAGGGAUAGAGAAACUGCGAUUUUGGACGACGGAGACCCGUCAAGUCCAGGGGUUAUGAGACGAGAGCACUCCUGUUGUGGACGAGCCGUUGCAAAAUGUGGCGAGGCAGGAUGGGAGAGAGAGAGGGAACUCUGUCUUUCCAGUGGCCGAUGUCUCGGACACUGCAACAGCAUUAAAAAAAAUCCAAAAAGCCAAACGCUGCCAGCUUUACCAUCCAAAUCUAUGUCUCCUCCUCUCCAUUCGGCUGUUAUGGAGCUCUGCCAUCGCCACAGUGCCCAUCCUGUAGCUGAGCUGACAUGGGACCGUCCAAUCCAUCCUCCGUCUCUGCCCUGCCUUAACAGUGCAUGCUACCCUUAUCCAACCCCUGAACAUGUCCUUGCCCACAGUCACACAUUGCCAGCCUCAAACAGAUGCUACCCUGGAGAAGACUGUCACCUCCUGCAUUAUCCUAGCCAUGGAUCAGUAUCUCACCCCUCCCUCCAACCACCACCUGGUAGUCCUUACAGAGAGGUUUUUGUCACUUCUCCCACAUCUUCCUCUUAUUGCCCCUGCCAGGACUGCUCCAGCAGGCGAGAACAUCAAUCGGCCUCAGUCAAAGUGUUCCAACAACUGCACCCGGACAAAGCCGAAAACCCACACUGGUCACAAGGGGCUGGGGUCCAACGUUCAAGAGAGGUACCUCCACUUUGGGAAACAGAAAAGCCAUGGGACCUUACAAGAGAGGCGGAGCUUUGGCCGUGUAAGGCCCCGUUGCCAGCAUUUCAUCUCUACCACCCUGCUAUGGACCACGUUUCAAACCCGGAGCAGCCUAGGUUUGCUGUUGGACAGCAUCAAAACUACCCUGUACCUCAGAGUCUGAUAGAUGUCAGAGAUGGAGCUAGCAGUGGGUACCACACCCCUCUGCAGCCCCGACAUUCAUGCCCCUGCUCGCCGUAUCAGUCUUCUCCAUCUGAAAGCCAUGAAAGCCGGGGUUACACUUCAGGAUAUCACUCUCGCUCAGCAUCGCCUUUGCCAGCAAGUAGCCCGUCUCCUGGAAGGGGAAAGCUACCAGAAAUCCCUUUAGCGUCCAGAGAGCAGCCACACACUGAACAGCACAAAGUGGAAAAAGGCAAGACUGUCGCAGAAGAUGACAUAUCUCUAGGCUCGGAGGGUAAAUCUGAUGUCCGCUGCCAGUCAAGCACCCCCGGGGUGGACUCUGAUCAUGACUACACUGUUAUUGGCAGCAGCAGCCCCACACACACCGAAGACAGUGCAAAUGCUGAUAGCCUCAAUCAGAGCCAGGAACCCGUGACCCAUUUGGAGUCCAACACAAAUACGGGCAAAUCUCUUACACCACUAGCACCAGAGGAAAAAACCCAGAGUUUAACACUAUCUGUAAACCCCACAAAACAAUCAACUGAGUCUUUCCUGAAAAGCGAUAUUGAGCUUGGAGCUGCUGAGGUCAGAGGAAGUUCAGAUGAAAAGACCAAAUCAAACCUCUCAAACUAUGCCACUGUCAUCAUCCCUCCAGUUCAAGUUCAACUCAAUGGCGCUGUCCUUCCUAUCAAUGCUACGUCUGACUGCAGUAACGGUGUAAACACAAAUCCCUGCAUUAGUCCAAGUUCAAGUCCUUCUAGCCCUUCCCCUCAUUCUCCUAUUGGCUCUCCAGAGAAGCAGCCUUCUCCUCAGCACUCCAUCUCGGCCAAAGACACAGCUGACGUGAAACCCCCUUCACCCGUGCCAGACGGAUAUCACACACCGACCUUUCCCCUAGCCUCUUACUACUACUCACUAUUAAAUGUUCCUCGCGUGCCAUACACUGGGUACACUGCCGUAACGAUCCCUGCCAUCCAACCACCACUCCCAGAGAAAAAACGAUUUUCCUCCACAGUGGUAUCCCCGAAUGGACAUAUUGCUUUGCUCCAGACUUCCUCUUGUCCUUCACAAAUGCACCAUGUUACUUUCUCCCCUGCGGUGGGAGAGAAAAGGAGGGAAUCUGCACAACCCGGUUACACAGAGGAGGCAGAAAUAAGGGUCAACUCUAAGUUUGUUCAGGACAGCUCCAAAUACUGGUACAAACCAGGCAUCUCCAGAGACCAAGCCAUAGCUGCGCUGAAGGACAAGGAACCAGGAGCGUUUCUCAUUAGAGACAGUAACUCAUUCCAGGGUGCUUAUGGCCUGGCUCUUAAGGUGGCCACUCCUCCUCCCAAUGCCAACAUCACUGGAAACAAAGGGGACGCUCUGGAACAGCUGGUUAGACACUUCCUCAUCGAGACAGGGCCACGGGGAGUGAAGAUCAAGGGCUGCCAGAACGAGUCCUACUUCGGAAGCUUAUCUGCUCUGGUGUACCAACAUUCAAUAACUCCAAUUUCUCUGCCAUGUGCCCUCCGCAUUCCUGACAAAGAUUUGGUUGGUGAGCUUCAGGAGAUACAAAGUGCAACAAAUACUAGUACAGCUGCUGACCUCCUUAAACAAGGAGCAGCAUGCAACGUGCUCUACCUGAAUUCAGUGGAAACAGAGUCAUUAACGGGACCAGAGGCCAUUUCCAGGGCUGUCAAGUCUACAAUGGCUCUGAAUCCACGCCCGGUCCCAACAGUGGUCCACUUCAAAGUGUCCUCUCAAGGGAUCACACUAACGGACAGUAAAAGAAGACUAUUCUUUCGGCGCCAUUACCCAAUCAACAGUGUCACUUUCAGCAGUUUGGGCCCCCAAGAUAAGAGGUGGACUAAUUCUGAUAGCACAUCAAGCAAAAUGUUUGGCUUUGUGGCGAGACGGACGGGGACGACGACAGAGAACGUGUGUCACCUGUUUGCCGAGAUGGACCCUGAGCAGCCAGCUGUGGCCAUAGUCAACUUCAUCAACAAAGUCAUGCUGGGACCACAGCUGCGAAGAUGAGCAACAAAGUCAUUGGAAUCUAUGCACCGUCAAGCUUCGCAAGAUGCUUUUGACACGUUUCAAAAGAUAUUUCGUCCAUUCAAAAGCUAUAUUUUUGUUUGAAUUUAUGCAAAUGGAACCUUUGUGCUAUGCUGCAUGACUGUUUUUCUAUAACAAUCCAGUUUGAACUAUUUUUGCAGACGUCUUGUUUUGAAAGUCAAUUUACAAAGCAGGAAGUCAUACACAUGUCAAAAGGCCAAAGACUGACCCAACAUGCCAAAAGAGAUUGUAACAUGACUUUUUAUGUUUGUUUCUGUGUUUUGGUUUUAUAUAUUUUUUACCGUGUUUCAUGCAAUCCUUGGGAUAUACAACUAAGUCCAAAAAUUAUAUGGAAUAAAUCACAUUUAGCAUAUAUAUUUAACCAGAUGUUGGCAUUCAAAGCUGUAAGGAUAGAGGUUAAUGUAUGUGAACAAUGUGUUAGAACGGUGUCACGUUUUAAAGAGUAAAAUGGCAUCAAUGCAGAUGUUUUCUGUGAAAUGUAAGAAAGAGAAAUAUGAGCGAUUCAAUUAUGGUUUUUGUGGUUCCUGAUCAUUUUUGAAGAAAGUAAUUUUGCUAAAUUCUCAUCAGUAGAUGCAUGUGUUGUAAAAUCAUAUAAAAAGUAAAAUAGUCACACAAAGAAGAUAUAUUUUUGCUUCAGUGAGAAUAAUAGAUCCUUAAACAGAGAUUUCACAGACAAAAAAAGUGUGUGAUUUAAUAUAGAUUUUAAGACAAUUGCACUGACAGAAUUUUCAUCUUAGUAGGAUCUAACAUGUAUCUAUUUCCAACAUAAUCACACACACACACAUAGUUGAACAACUUGGACAUAUUUCUCCAGAGAGAAAUGCAAACCUCAAGCCAAAGUUUUGUUUAAACCUGUUUUCCUGCAUUUAUAUUCCACAUGUAUCUGUUUGGUACUUUUAUAUGACUGACAAUAUAAUUAUUAUUACUUUUCAUAUAGGAUUUUUAUGUUUAAAAAAAGUAAUAUAUUUUAGCCAUUUGAUGUGUUAGAAAGAAUAAAAGAACGAUGUGUGUCAUAUUUGAUUGGACUUAUUAAACCAAGGUACUGAUUUCAAA